GCUCAGUCUAUCAGUCAGCAGCAUCUCUACAGGAUGGAGCAGCACACCUCUCUCUACAUGCUACUCUGCAUGCUGAAUACUGUGAUAUACUCUGGACAUGCUCAAAUUAAUGCCUCUCUGAGCAUCAGUCCUGACAGAUCUCAGUUCUUUGAAUAUGAGUCUGUCUCUCUGAGCUGUGAGGUUCAGAGGGGCUCUACUGGAUGGAGAGUGGUGAGGAACACGCUGAAAGGAGGGACUGAAGAGUGUCCCACUGACUGGGGAUUUUUUAAAGGGUCUUCAUGCACCAUAUCAGCAGUACCAUCAGACAGUGGAGUGUACUGGUGUGAGUCUGGGUCUGGAGAACACAGCAAUGCAGUUAACAUCACAGUACAUGAUGGGGCUGUGAUCCUGGAGAGCCCUGCCAUUCCUGUGACUGAGGGAUAUUUUGUGACUCUGCGCUGCGUAUAUGAAGAUAAGAAAACGAAGAAAACAUCCUCAAACUUCAGAGCUGAUUUCCAUAAUGAUGGAUCCCUCAUCAUGACCAACACUACAGGGGAGAUGACCAUCCCUGCAGUAUCCAAGUCAGAUGAAGGGCUCUACAAGUGUAACAACCCUAAAGGAGAAUCACCAGAGAGCUGGAUGACUGUGACAGUUCCAUCUUCAGCUCCAGGGCCAGCCCCAUCUCCAGCAGUCCCAGUGUGGUCCAUCUCUCUGCCCAGGCUGCUGUGUAGUCUACUAGUAGUGUCUCCUUACCUGCUGGUGACCAUCAUACUGGUAGUGAAAUGCAACAGCCGCAGAAGCAUGGCUCGAGCUCAGUCUGAUGAAGAGAAGAAAAGAUGUACUGUCAUCACAUAAUCAGCAUGGAAUGUUACGCAACAACACACUUUAUGGGAACCAUGUUAAUAUGGUAACAUCGGUGAACAUUGUUAAAGAGAAGAGUAACCAUGUUAUUGUUGUUGUGUUGGAGUACACACACUACUGUAGGCCCGUGUUCUGAGUCUGUGUCAUGCUCCAUGUAGCAUUGCAAGGUUGUGUUACAGGUCAGAGGGA